AAUUCAUUUACCCUAACUAUAAACACACGCCCACGGCCAUCCGUUUUCACCUCCAGUCUGCCGCCGCCGUGCUUCUCUGCUAAUUAUCCAGGUACAGAUUAUAAAGGUAGUUUGACAAAUCAAAAUGGAGGAGCCAGUUAAUGGAGCUUCACCGGGAACAGCUGAAACAAUUGAUCCUCCUACAGGGAUCCUCGGUCCUGCUGAUUUUGCUGCCACUCCUCCAUCGAAGGAGCCGAAUAGCAAUGUUACAGGAAAGAUGUACCAGCAACAUCUAUCAUCAUCAUCAGACGAAGACGAAGAAGAAGAAGUUCAUUAUUAUGAUAAAAAGGAAGAGGAGGAGAAAGAUGAUGAAGAAGGCGAUGCAGAGGAAAGAGGAUGGCUCCGAGAAUCUAACAUGUACAAAUACCGUGGGUGUUCGUGGCCAGAGGUUGUUGGUCUCAAGGCAAAUAAGGCCAAGCGAAUCAUCGGGAAAGGCAAGCCAGAUAUAUAUUUUGAAGUGGUUUCCGAGAGACAGUUGUUAACCAUGUGCUACUGCUCAAGGCGUGUUAGGCUCAUAGUGGACACAUCCAACUGUGUUGUGCAAACUCCCGAUGUUGGUUAGCAACAGAGUAUCGUUCCUAGACUCGCACCCCCCCAUCUUCAUAAAGGCAUGCAUGCAUUGUCCUUAACACAUUUGAAAACAUGAAUAGCCUAAACACGUAAGUUGUUUUUAUAUGGAUGUUUGAUGAUGUAGCACUCAUAAUUUGAAGGCGCCUUUUGGCCCUUGCAAACCCCAACC